CGGAGUUGGGGAAACAAACACAGCUGGUAAGGAAAGCGAGGCCAAAGAAGAGGAACCCGAACUUUUAGAAGCUCUUCCAGAUAGCCACCCAGUAGUCAUUAGUAGCAAUGAAGAGACUCAGAAAGACAAAUCUGCGACAGAGAGUAUCUGGUCAACCCCGAUCCUGUCUCUGGCGCGUAAGGCAACCGAGACAAUCAGCAGUGGUGUCAUCUACGGUGCAACUUUUAGAAACGCAACAUCGUUGGGCUCGGCGGCGGGCUCUUCGACAAGUCCAACAACAACACACAAUUCUACCGAGAAAGACAGCAACACUAACCAAUAUCCACCAGUUGUAGCAGGAAAAGACCCUAUGGCGGUAGAGCGUUCCAACCUACUCAGUAUGAUGAAGCUGAGUAUUAAGGUCCUGAUUCAGUCCUCUCUGAGUCUGGGCAGAACCCUGGACUCAGACUAUCCUCCUCUUCAACAGUUCUUUGUGGUUCUAGAACACUGCCUCAAACAUGGACUGAAAGUGAGGAAGUCUUUCAUCACUCAGAAUAAAUCUAUCUGGGGUCCUCUAGAACUGGUAGAGAAGCUGUGUCCAGAGUCUGCUGACAUGGCCACCAGUGCCAGAGACUUGCCAGGGCUUAAGACUGGGUUAGGUCGGGCUCGGGCCUGGCUUCACCUGGCUCUAAUGCAGAAGAAAAUGGCUGACUACCUAAAAGCCCUACUGGACCGUAAGGACCUCCUGGGUGAGUUCUAUGACCCAGGAGCGUUGGUGUUGGAGGAGGAGGGAGUAGUGAUGGGGGGGUUGCUGGUUGGACUAAAUGUCAUCGAUGCCAACCUUUGUAUUAAAGGAGAGGACCUUGACUCUCAGGUGGGAGUUAUUGACUUCUCCUUGUACCUAAAGGACCCUGUGACCACUGAGACCACCAAGGACGAUGCUAAGAUAACAGCCAUAUUGGACCAGAAGCAUUACACAGAGGAGCUGAACAGACACCUAAGCUGCACUGUCUCGGACCUACAGGCCAAGAUGGAUUCUAUAGAGAAGACCAACAGCAAGCUCAUUGAGGAGCUCACAGCAGCAACAGACAGGAUUAACGCUUUACGAGAGGAACAAGAAACACUGAGACAGGAGAAUGAGAUGAUCCUCCAGAGCAGCCAGAAGAAAGAGGAGGCGACCCUGGAGGACAGCGCAGUGGAGUUGGAGACCUACAGACAGACAAGACAGGGCCUGGACGAAAUGUACAGCAUUGUCUGGAAACAGUACCAGGAGGAGAAACGCAUCAGACAGGAGUUGGAGCGUGAGCUGGAACUGCAGGUGGGGCUCAAGCAGGAGAUGGAGAUGGCUAUGAGGCUGCUGGAGAAAGACACGCACGAGAAACAGGACACGUUGCAAGCCCUCAGGCUCCAGCUAGACCAAGUGAAAACCCUCAACCUACAGAUGUUCAACAAGUCACAGGACUGUGAGCGUGAGGCCCAGAGGAAGCACGAGGAGGCCAGACAGCUGGAAGAGAAGAUGAGCCAGAUGGAGAGCACCAUGAAGGAGAUGGAGCAGAGACUGCAGGACUCUGAGAGUGAUCGCAGACAGGUUGACCAGGCGGACAGAGACAUGAGAUCCCAACUGGAGGAGAGGGUAGAAGCUCUACGCAAACAGCUGUCAGACCUGGACACAAUGAGGCUUGGUCUGGAGAGUGACCUGCUCAGUGAGAAGGAGCAGAGACAGGGCCUCCAGAGAGCUCUACAGAGAGAACAGGACAACAGCAACGAGCUACGCACCCAACUACAACAGCUACAGGGCCUCAGGACAGAGCUCCAGGAUGUUCGCCAGGAGAAGCAGCAACUACUGCAGACUUGUCAGGAACAAGAGACAGCCUUACAGGAGAUGGGCCUACACCUCAGCCAGUCUAAACUAAAGAUGGAGGACUUCAAGGAAGUCAAUAAAGCACUGAAGGGCCAGGCCUGGUUGAAAGACGACGAGGCCACACAGUGUAAGCAGUGUAUGAAGGAGUUCUCCAUUGCUCGCAGGAAGCAUCACUGUAGGAACUGUGGGGAUAUCUACUGCAACAACUGUUCCAGCAACGAGUUGGCCUUGCCCUCUUACCCUCGACCCGUUCGGGUCUGUGACACCUGCCACUCUCUCCUGCUGCAGAGAAGUGUCUCUUCGGUCACCUCUUGACAGAACACAAAUGCAUUCUGUCAUGAACAAACCCAUACAAGCACUCAUACUCAUAAGCUUCACUUCAGUCAUUUUAGUGGUUUUGAUUACUCAGCGGGAAGCCUUACAGUAUUCUUGAUCGUUGAACCAGUUUUCAUCAAAUCUGAGCAGGAAAUAGGGAUUUCUAUAUACGCUUCAGUGUUUCCUCUUGCUUGAAAUUCAUAGCUUUUUGGGUUGAACAGUUAACAGGCCCUCCCAUCAUUUAAACUAAUACUUCUGUCAUCUGUCAGACUGAACUCUUAUCUCCCAAACUCAUCUCGUAAUGAAAUAACUCCUUAUACUCCAAAUAGCCUGUAAGGUGCUGAACUUAAUGAUAGUCAAUUGAACUUGGGAGAUGCAUGGUGUUGAAACAUCAAUUUUAAACUGUAUUUUGAUGGAACCAAUAUGCAAAAGUGCCCAUCAUCAGUGAACAUUUAGGUAGAUGUUUUUACAUUCAACAUUUCACAGCAGAUCUAAAGUGACUUAAAAAAGUGAUGUUUUGGAUGUUAAAGAUCAUGUGAAACUGAGCUUUUUGCAUUCAUCUCCACUUAAUCUGCCCAUCUUAAAAAUUGUCAUUGACCGCAAAUGUUUUUAAUUGUAAAUGACGACAGAAUGUUCAUAAUUUACUAAUGUGUCUAUUUUAGAAUGUAUAUAAAUCAUUUGUCAGUCGAUUGUGACUAGUGAUAUUAAGCAGCCAUUUUCUUGAGUCAUUUCGGCAUGUUUUGACCAACAUGUUUUUUAUCUAGAUAUUUGAUAAAGAGAUAUUUAAUAAAAAUGUAUCUGAAUGCGU